AUGAAACGGCAUGGAAUCGCAUCGAAACCCACGACGACGAAUGGUAACAGUGGAGCCAAGAGCACCAGAGUUUGUGACUUCAAACUCUCGAGCUUUGAAGUUGUUAAAAGACGGUUCCGCCUGACAUUUCCGUUUUCGUUUUCGCUUUCGUCUCUAAUCGCCGGUCUUCCGGCCGUUCGUCUCAUUUUACCUUUUUCCGGGCGUUUUUCAUCGCUUCUGAGCUCGCAAUUAUCAUCUUCAUCGAUUCCGUCGCGUUAUUCUGGUUUAUCAUCGCUUCUCUUUUGGUGUUGCUCCCACGAAAUAGGUCGAAGAAAUCUGGCAAAGGAAAGAAGCCUGGGAAAGGAGGUAAUCGCUUCUGGAAGAACAUUGGCCUUGGUUUCAAGACCCCCAGAGAUGCUAUCAAAAGCUUUAUGGCAGUUACUAUGGGUGAAUCCGCUUACGCAACAUAACACUGGGAAAUCCGUCUCCAAAGACCUCUCCAAGAAGAAACCUGUUGACUUGAUUCAGAACAGGGUUGGGGUUGUAGUCUCUGAGUUACUUUCACAGAUUGGAACAACCGGCAACAAUUUACUUCCUCGAGCGACUUCCAAGCGGACACAGUCAAUGAAUAUUUCAUCUCUCAGGCCAUAA